CGGGGGAGGAGAGGGUCGGGGCUUUUAGGACGCGCAGGGCGGGCCGAGGGCACUGUCUGUGGUGUCCGCGCCAGACCGGAGGCCCUCGGUGCGGGCGGCUGGAAGCAGUCGUGUUUGACAAGCUCCAGGGGUACUGAAGGAAAAACCGAAACUGCUGCUCAGUUCUGGAGAUGGCACAGCCCAAACUGCAUGUGCUUUUCUGCCUCUGCAGCUGCUUCACACUGGUUCAUCCUUUUGAUUGGUGGGACAUAAAUUCGAUUUCCCAAGUUGCGUUAUCAGCGUGGAUCAAUAAAACACAAUCAUUGAUGGCUGCUGCACACUUUGACCAAACUAAAAUCCCCAAAGGAAGUGGACCUUAUCCUGUCGGUUGUACUGAUUUGAUGUUUAAUUAUUCUGACGAGGGCACCUUCUUGCGUUUGUAUUACCCAGCCCAACAGGAGGACCACCAUGACACCCUUUGGAUCCCAAACAAGGAAUAUUUUUGGGGUCUUAGUAAAUUUCUUAGAACAAACCAGGUCUUUGGCAAUAUUUUGAGCUUAUUAUUUGGUUCAAUGACAACUCCUGCAAGUUGGAUAUCCUCUGUGAGGACUGGUGAAAAAUAUCCACUCAUUAUUUUUUCUCAUGGUCUUGGAGCUUUCAGGACAAUUUACUCUGCUAUUGGUGUUGACCUAGCAUCUUACGGAUUUAUAGUUGCUGCUGUAGAACACAGAGAUGGAUCUGCAGCUGCAACCUACUAUUUUAACAACCAGUGUGAUGCAGAAGUAGGAAACAGAUCUUGGCUCUACUUUAAAACCCUAAAACAGGAUGAGGACGAGAAAACUACACGAAAUGAGCAGGUACGGCGAAGAGCAAAAGAAUGUUCCCGAGCUCUCACUUGGAUUCUUGACAUUGGUCAGGGAAAGCCAGUGAAGAAUUUAUUGAACAUAGGAUUUGAUGUGGGGCAACUAAAGGACUCUAUCGAUAGGAAUAAGAUAGCGGUAGUUGGACAUUCUUUUGGUGGAGGAACGGUGAUUCAGGCCCUUAGUGAUGACCUGAGAUUCAGAUGUGGAAUUGCCCUGGAUGCAUGGAUGUUUCCACUGGAUGACACAAUACAUACCAGAGUCCCUCAACCCCUCUUCUUCAUCAACUCUGUACAGUUCCAGUAUCCUGCUAAUAUGAGGAAAAUGAAAAAAUUUUUCUCACCUGAUAAGGAAAGAAAAAUGAUUACAAUCAAGGGAUCAGUCCAUCAGAAUUUUGCUGACUUCACAUUUGUAACUGGAAAAAUCCUCGGGCGGCUAUUAACAACGAAAGGAAAAAUAGAUUCCUAUGUAGCCAUGGAUCUCAUCAACAAAGCUUCAUUAGCAUUCUUACAAAAGCAUUUAGGACUUCAUAAAGACUUUGAUCAGUGGAACUAUCUGGUUGAAGGAAUGGAUAAGAAUCUUAUUCCAGGACCCAACAUUUGACGAGCCAAGCAACAUGUCACUCCAUAGAAUGCUACCAGGAAUAAACACAUGGAAUUUACAUUACCA